AUGCGUUUUGUAGCCUUUGACACGGAUGGGCCAGAGAACAACCCGUUGCUUGAGGUUUUAGUCAAUCCCGAGCUACUGGAUAGCUUGGUGGCAGAAAAAGGCUCGUCUGACCAGCUAUUAGAGCGGCUCUUGCUCAAGGCUGCUGUGAGUCGCUUUGGUAGUACCACGUCAAUCACCCCCCAAGCUACGUGGUCCUGGGUAAAGCCCUAUCAACGCCUCUCAGAGGCCGACCGCCAUGCUUCGGAGAUGGAGAAGCUGUCCCGCCUCGCUCAAGAACAGCAGGCAGCUUCUGCACAACCACCGGACAUCAAAGACCCACAGCAGCUAUUGGAAGCCUUAUCGCGGGAAGCAGAGGCUGAGAAGUCGGGAAAGGCCGAUGAUACCAGCGCGGUACGGCUUCCAUCGCAAGUACCGUCCACCUCCGGGCUCGGCGUGGGUACAUCUCCGGCCCAAGCAGCGAGGCCCAAGACCAAGCCGGCCAUUGUGGACCUUUCGGCACCCGCGAGCUUGACAGAGCCGGCGCACGAUGCUAGUGUGGACGACAAUGCUGGGGUUGUGACGCUGCGCGUGCAUCUACCAGGGGUCACGUCGGUAGCCGAGAUUGAUCUGACUCUCUCCAGUGACAGCAUUCAGGUCGAAGUAUUGGACACGUAUCGAUUAAAAUACACCACACCCUUCCUCAUCCAAACCGAGCUAGGCAGCGCCAAGUUUAUCAAGAAAACAGCCACCUUGAAGCUUAAGGCCCUACGAGUUGCGUGA